GCCCUAAGACUUCGAUUCUCCUAAGUACCAUCUACCAAGAACAGACAUCGCAAAUAUGGCCUCCAAUCACGACAACCCAUGGGAAGACCAGCGCAGUGAACAAGGCCAGAGCUACCAGAGUCACAAUCCGUACCAAGCGUACCAAAGCCAGCCUCAGCAGAACCCACCUCAAAACACAUACUCUACGCAACCCCCUCCAAACCCAUUAGGCCAGCACCCUCCUCAGGAACCGUACGCGCAAUACCCCCCUCACCACCAAGAUACGUCCCCAUGGAGCCAAGAGCCUGGCCAAGCAUCAUCUCAUAACCCAUAUAUGCAAGCGCAGCAUAAUGAGAGCUCCUAUGAACCACAUAGUCAGCAGCAACCCUCACAGCCUACCUAUCAGUCCUCAUUCUCUGCUCAGGAAGAGACUCCGCCGGUUCUGCCACCCCGCCGCACGGCCACGGAGAUGGCACUUCCCACUGGAGCGGACCGCUCGCAUCAGAUUGAGGUAAUGCAGAGCUAUGAGGCUGCGGGAAGGAAAGAUGACGACGAUGACAACGUCGAGGUCUUGCAGCGGGAGUUUCCGAAGAUCGAUGGGAGUCUGAUCGCGGCCAUCUACGGUGACAGCAAGAGUCUGAGCGCGACACGGGAGAUGCUGCAGGCACUGGAGUGAUGUAUUGGCUGCAUACAGGGAAGGAGAGAUUCUAUGGAGAGGGGAAACGAGGGUUAGCUGGGAUGAACCAACGAGAUUUGAGGGGGCUUUAGCCCGCGAGCUUUCGUGCGAUGCAGUGGAGGUUUCCGCAUCCGAGCAUGCCCUGAAUCAGUUUCAUCGGUAGAGGAUUUCCCGGGUUCCGCAUCCUGCAUUCUCCAUGCAUUUGCUAGGUGUACAAGUACCAGAACAGGCACUUGCUAUAUGUAUCCCUGCAAAAUACUACGAAUGUGUGAGCGAGA